AUUCUUUACUUUCAUAGUUAUCACUUUCUUGACAGUCACACCAGCUACAUGGAACCAGAAAAUCACACACAGAUUUCAGAAUUUAUUCUCCUAGGACUCUCUGAUGAAGAGGAACUACAGUCUUUCCUUCUGCUGCUGUUCCUGUCCAUGUACCUCGUCGCUGUCAUUGGGAACACGCUCAUCAUUUUGGCCACUGUCACGGACUCCCAUCUCCAUACCCCCAUGUACUUCUUCCUUUCCAAUCUGUCCUUCAUAGACAUCUGCUUUAUGUCCACCACAGUUCCCAAGAUGCUGCUGAACAUCCACACCCAGAACAAAGCCAUCACCUAUCAAGGCUGUCUCACCCAAAUGUAUUUCUUCAUCCUUUUUGCAGAACUGGAUAUUUUUCUUCUUUUUAUAAUGGCCUAUGACCGGUUUGUGGCCAUCUGUCACCCCCUGCACUACACAGUCAUCAUGAAUCCCAGACUCUGUGGCUUGUUGCUGUUGGUGUCCUGGAUAUUGAGUGUCCUGGACUCUCUGCUCCGUGGCCUCCUGGUGUUGCGACUGUCCUUCUGUACCAACUUAGAGAUCCCUCACUUCUUCUGUGAGAUCAAUCAGGUUAUUCGACUCGCCUGUUCGGACCCCCUCCUCAAUGUCAUCGAGAUGUAUAUUGCAACUGGGGUGAUGGGCGUGAUUCCCCUCACUGGCAUCCUAUUUUCUUAUUCUCGAAUCAUUUCUUCCAUUCUGAAAAUUACAUCAGCCAGGGGGAAGUAUAAAGCAUUUUCCACGUGUGGGUCUCACCUUUCUGUUGUUUCCCUGUUUUAUGGUACGGGACUUGGGGUCUACCUCAGCUCUGCCAGUACCCAAAAUCCCAGAGCUGGUGCAAUAGCUUCCGUGAUGUACACCAUAGUCACACCCAUGCUGAAUCCCUUUAUCUACAGCCUGAGGAACCAGGACAUAAAAGGAGCACUAAAAAGUUUUGUUGGCAUUGCCACUUUACAUGAGUGA